AUGGGGCGUCUCCAACUCGUUAUCACCGCAGCAUUGGCUCUGGCAGUCAAGAGUGCGAGUGCUUUCACUAUCGGCUCAGCUCCGGGUUUAGCUGCUGGUACAACCGGUGGGGCCAAAGGUACCGUCGUGUAUCCGAAAACAAACAAGGAAUUGGUCGACUAUCUGAACGCGUCAGAGCCACUCGUCGUGGUGCUGAACAAGACUUUCGACUUUCGCGGUACUGAGGGCAAGACAACCGAGAUCGGCUGCCGUCCACAGAGCGCUCGCGAAUGCAUCGCUGCCAAUAAUGGGUUUAAGAGCCAAGACGUGAUUCUCAAGAACGGCAUGAACAACACCGGUGGUUGUGAGAACGGCACGGAGACCACAGUGACGUACGACAACGCUUAUCGGUGGCGUAUGAACGUCACCAGCCACAAGACUAUUCGUGGUAUUGGUAGACGCGGAGUUAUCAUGGGCAAGGGCAUUUCACUCAAAGGCGACAAUAUCAUCGUUUAA